AUGAUUAGUUCAAUGGAUAAUCAUAAAACUUCUUCAAUAUUAUCUCAAAAAGAAAAUCAAACAGAAGAAGAAAAAGAAGAAAUAAAAAAAAUAAAUUCUGAUCAAUUACAAGAAACUUCACAAAAAUCAUCAACAAAAAAUAUUGUUAUAGAACAUUUUAAAAUCUCUGAUAUUCCAAUAAAAUCAAGUAGUAGAUCAGCUGCUAUUAUUGAAAUUGACGAAAAUCGUAAACGUGAAAAACGUGAAUUAAAUAAUCUCAAUGAUCGUUUUGCUUCAUAUAUUGAACGUGUACGUUUUUUGGAAGCACAAAAUAAAAAAUUUCAAUUUGAAAUAGAUGAAAUACGUCAAAAAUGGGGUUCACAAAUAACUAAAUUAAAAGAAAUCUAUGAUAGUGAAUUAUCUGAAGCUCGUCAUAUUAUUAAUGAUACAGCUAAACAACAUGCUACAAUUGAUCUUCGUACUAAACAUGCUGAAGAAGAAACAUUAAAUUUUAAAGACAAAUGUGAAGCAUUAAGAAUUGCAAGAGAUUCUGAUCAUCGACAAAUUGAAUCCUUACAAAAACAAUUAUUUAAUAAUGAAGCAGAUCUUGAUCUAUUUCGUCGUCGUAUAACUGAUUUAGAAGAUGAACAAAAACGUUUUAAUAUUGAAUCUAAAAAACUUAUAUUAGAUAUUCAACGUAUAACAAAAAAUUUAGAUCAAGAAAUAAUAUCACGAAUACAAUUAGAAAAUCAAAAAGAAAAUCUUGAAAAAGAAAUUAAAUUUUUAAAAGAAAUACAUUUACAAGAAAUAGAUGAAUUAAAACAAAUUAAUUUAAAUAAUACAAUAUUAGAUUCAACAAAAUUUUUUCAAUAUGAAUUAUCAAAUGCUAUUAAAAAUAUUCGACAAGAAUAUGAACAACUUAAUGAUCAACAACGACAUGAACUUGAAUCAUGGUAUCAAAUAAAAGUUACACAAGCUAUAAAAGAAAUACAAACAAUUAAAAAAUCUAAAAUUAAUUUUGAACAAGAAGAAAUUAAAAAAUUACGAACAAUAGUUGCAAAUUCACAACAAGAUAUUUCUACAAUAUGUCAACGAAAUGAAGAAUUAGAAAAUCGUAUUCGAGAAUUAGAAAAUCUUAUUAAUAUUGAACGAAAUGAAAAUAUUCAAAUAUCAAAUGAACGUGAUAAAAAAAUAAAAGAAUUACGAAAUCGUCUUGAAGAUUUAGAACAAAAUUAUAAUGAACUUAUUUCAACAAAAAUAUCACUUGAUUCAGAAAUUGCUAUCUAUAGAAAAUUACUUGAAGGUGAAGAAAAAAGAGAAGGUUUAAAACAAAUAGCUAAUAAUAUUAAACAACAAAUACAAACUAAAUUUUCUGUUAAUAAUAAUGUAUCAACUAUGCAUUCUCAAUCCUAUCAAAAAACAAAUGAUAGUCAAGAAAAUCAAGAUCGAUCACAUGAUGAUCAUGAAAAUUUACUAAACAAAGAAAUAUCUAAUUUAUUUCCAAUAUCAUCAUCAUCAUCAACAUUCGAUAAUAAUAUUCAAAAUAAUAAUAAAUCGAUACAAAAACCUAUGCAUGAAGAAUCUAUUCAACUUGAAGAUUUGAAUGUAUCAUCUGAACAUAAUUCUGGCUAUAAUUCAUCAAUAGAAGAUACUCAUUAA